GCUCAGUUGCUCACCAACAUCCACACACCAUCCUCACUCCACAUCUUCGCAACACUCACAUCCACAAACACAAACCGAUCGACAUCCCUCCACCGCACCAACAAUGGCGUCCGAGAAGAGCAGCUCCGACCUAACCCUCCUGGACUUCUGGGUCUCGCCGUUCGGGCAGCGCGUCCGCAUCGCGCUGGCCGAGAAGAGCCUCCCCUACGAGUACGUCGAAGAAGACCUGCUCGCCGGCAAGAGCGACCGCCUCCUGCAGUCGAACCCGGUGCACAAGAAGAUCCCGGUGCUCCUCCACGGCGGCAAGCCCGUGAACGAGUCCCUCAUCAUCGUGCAAUACCUCGACGAGGCCUUCCCGGACACCCCCUCCCUCCUCCCGGCCGACCCCUACGCGCGCGCGCAGGCCCGCUUCUGGGCCGACUACGUCGACAAGAAGGUCUACGACUGCGGCUCCCGCCUCUGGAAGCUCAAGGGCGAGCCGCAGGCACAAGCGCGCGCGGAGAUGCUGGAGAUCCUCAAGACCCUGGAGACGGAGCUCGGGGACAAGGAGUUCUUCGGCGGGGAGCAUGGUUUCGGGUUCGUCGACGCCGCCUUCGCGCCCUUCACGCCGUGGUUCAUGAGCUACGAGAAGUACGGGGAGUUCAAGGUCGCUGAGGUUGCGCCCAAGAUUGCGGCCUGGGCCGAGAGGGUCGGCAAGAGGGAGAGCGUGGCCAAGAGCCUCUACUCGCCGGACAAGGUCUACGACUUCAUCGGCGUGCUCAAGAAGAUGUACGGCAUCGAGUAGAUUCGGCAAUAAUCUGGCAGGGAGCGACGAUGGGCGGCUCAGUGUGGGUGCCAUGCGUUUUCGCGCAGCUGGAUUUGUUCGUGGAGUAGUGUGAGGUACUGCACCGUUUCCUUCCGUGUGGUUGGUGCUUGGUCCCUGUUUCAUUGCCUUGUGUGGGUGGGUUCGUGUUGUGCAUGUGUGUGUGCGUCAAAACGGGUGUCUCUCGCGGGGCACCAUCGAGUUGCCUCGUGUGAUUCCCUUGUGGAACAAAAUAAAAGAUGGUCGUUUGAGUGGAACAA